UCGGAAUUGGGAAUUAAUGGUGAUUUCUUCUCUUCUUGUCCUAACCUUGAAAAGAAUCUUAACAUUCUUUCUCCUGAUGAAAUUCGACUGGGCAAAAUGUUGGUGGAGAUGAGACAAUCUCAUCUGUUUCAUCAUUGGUCUCAACCAGGUUCUGAUGACGAUCAAGACAAGAGAGGUUUCUUUGAUCAGGUGUAUAAGCUUGACACUAGCUACCCUGGUGGAUUGGCUUCCUACAUCCAAAAUGCUAGAAGGCUGCUCGCAGAUUCAAAAGAAGGGAAGAAUCCGUUUCAUGGCUUUACUCCUUCUAUUCCAUCGGGAGAGAUUCUUACCUUUGGCGAUGAAAACUUUGUAAACUUUGAGGAAGCUGGCGUCAAGGAAGUACGCAAUGCUGCAUUUGUUCUUGUUGCAGGUGGGCUUGGGGAACGUCUUGGCUACAAUGGAAUUAAGCUGGCUCUUCCGUCAGAGACCACAACUGGGACAUGCUUCCUACAACACUACAUUGAGUCUAUUCUAGUUCUGCAAGAGGCAAGCUGUAGAUUGGCACAAGGUCAGUGUGAAGCACAGAUUCCUUUGGUUAUUAUGACAUCAGAUGACACAAAUGCGCCUACAUUGGAUCUUUUAGAGUCAAAUGCUUAUUUUGGAAUGAAGCCGAAUCAGGUGAAGCUGCUUAAGCAGGAAAAGGUGGCAUGCUUAGAUGAUAAUGAUGCCAGGCUUGCAGUGGAUCCUGUCAACAAAUACCGAAUUCAGACAAAACCUCAUGGGCACGGGGAUGUUCAUUCACUUCUAUAUUCCAGUGGCCUUCUGAAAACAUUGAAGGAUGCAGGUUUGAAAUGGGUUCUAUUUCUUCAAGAUACUAACGGCCUGCUUUUUAAGGCAAUACCGUCAGCACUUGGGGUUAGUUGCACAAAGGAGUACCAUGUUAAUUCUCUUGCUGUGCCCCGCAAAGCAAAAGAAGCUAUUGGGGGGAUUACCAAACUCACUCAUGCUGAUGGGAGAACGAUGGUGAUCAAUGUUGAAUACAAUCAGCUUGAUCCUCUACUUCGAGCAACCGGUCAUCCUGAGGGAGACGUCAACUCCGAGACAGGCUAUUCUCCUUUUCCUGGAAAUAUUAACCAGUUGAUUUUGAACCUUGGUCCUUAUAUUGAAGAGCUCACCAGAACACAAGGUGCCAUACCAGAGUUUGUAAAUCCUAAGUACAAGGAUUCUAGUAAGACUUCAUUUAAGUCCUCAACUCGAUUGGAGUGUAUGAUGCAAGAUUAUCCAAAAUCACUGUCUCCUUCAGCAAGAGUCGGAUUCACCGUGAUGGAUGCAUGGUUGGCUUAUGCACCUGUCAAAAACAACCCUGAAGAUGCUGCAAAGGUGCCAAAAGGUAACCCAUACCAUAGUGCAACUUCUGGUGAGAUGUUUAUCUAUCGAGCCAAUAGCCUUAUUCUUAAAAAGGCUGGUGUCAAAGUGGCAGAUCCAGUAACUGCAACUUUCAAUGGACAACAAGUGGAAGUGUGGCCACGCAUCACAUGGAAGCCCAAAUGGGCAAUGACUUUUGCUGAGGUACGACACAAAGUGAGUGGGAACUGUUCCAUCUCACAAAGCUCUACUAUGGUCAUCAAUGGUCGUAACGUGUUUGUGGAGGAUGUCUCUUUGGAUGGAGCGCUCAUUUUAAAUGCAGUUGAAGAUGCAGAGGUUAAAGUUGUAGGACCUGUGCAUAACCAGGGUUGGGUUUUGGAGCAAGUUGAUCACAAAGACACCUCAAUUCCUGAGGAAAUAAGGAUUAGAGGUUUCCAUAUCAAUAAAGUUGAGCAGCUGGAGCUAAAUUACAACGAGCCAGGGAAAUUCAGCAACAGCUCGUGAGAAGGAAACUUACCGUAUGGAACAGAUAGAAUACUAUGGUGAGCGAAACUGCAACCUCAGAAAUUCAAUUUACUGUGGGUAAGCCAU